AGAUUAAAUUUGUUUGUUAACUGACUACGCACCUAAAUUUGUUGUAGCAGAAUGGUGGAGGACAAUGGCAAUUUGGGAAACCUAACAGUGAUUGAAUUAAGAAAGAAAUUAAAGAAGAGGGGAUUAAGUACUAGAGGCCGCAAGGCCGAGUUGAUAUCAAGAUUGCUGAACUAUAGCACUAUGGAAGAUGGAAAGAAACGUAUACGCCAGAGAAAAUCGGAGAGCAAUACGAAUGGUGAUGUAGAUGCACCAACAUCCUCCACAGGCACAACCACAGACAUGAAGACGCUACGGGAACAGGAACGACAAGAACGGGAACAGCUGGUGUUGUGGAAGAAACCUUUAUUGACACUAUUUUAUUUUGUCUUUGAAUCAGGGUGUCUUAUACAUUCACUGAUAUUCAGGUUAUGGAAGAGAAAGAGAAGCGUCCUGGCUGUGCUGGUACUGACUGCUGUCCUCACCUUUCUCUACAACACAGAGGGAGCCCAUCAAUCAAUAGUGAUGUUUAUAAGGAAGCACCUGCUGUGGUGUGGCUACUGGAUGGGCCUGGGUAUUCUCUCAUCUGUCGGAUUGGGAACUGGCCUUCACACCUUCCUUCUUUAUCUGGGUCCACACAUUGCGUCCGUCACGCUAGCUGCAUUUGAGUGUAUGUCUGUCGACUUUCCUGAGCCACCCUACCCAAACUCGAUCAUCUGUCCAGAACAAGAAGAGGAGUACAUGUCUCUCUGGACCAUUAUGAGCAAAGUCAGGAUAGAGGCCGUUAUGUGGGGAGCAGGCACUGCUAUAGGGGAGUUGCCACCCUACUUCAUGGCACGAGCAGCCAGACUGUCCGGGGCAGACCUGGAGGAGGAUGAGUUCGAGGAGAUCGAGGAGUUGAUUCAUGAGAAACAAGCAAAUCCAGAUGAACUGGGAUUCAUGGAGAAAGCUAAGUUAUCAGUUCACAAUCUCGUACAGAGAGUCGGGUUCUUUGGGAUUUUAGCCUGUGCUUCGAUCCCAAACCCAUUGUUCGACCUGGCUGGCAUCACUUGCGGCCAUUUCCUCAUUCCAUUCUGGACAUUCUUCGGUGCAACACUUAUAGGAAAAGCCAUUAUUAAAAUGCAUAUACAGAAAUUAUUUGUUAUUUUCCUGUUUAGCAAACAACAUGUGGAAAGUUUAGUCAGGUUACUGGGGAGUAUACCAGCGGUGGGGAUGUCGCUACAGACGCCGUUCGCAAAGUGGUUGGAGCAACAGAAACAGAAGUUACAUCACAAGAUGGGAACCGGGACACAAUCGGACACCAACGUGUUGUCAUGGAUAUUCGAGAAGAUAGUGAUUGUCAUGGUGAUAUACUUUGUGUUGUCUAUAGUCAACUCCAUGGCACAGAGCUAUCACAAGAGACUCAGCAAAGCCAAGCAUGCAGUAAUGGGCAAAACUAAAGUCAGCCUUGAGUAGACACAACCACAGCAAAGAUUUCCACUACACCGUGGCACCGAUUACAUGUACUAUUUGCAAUUACUGAAAAUCAUAAACUGACUCACUGUUUUUAUAGUUAUCUGUCAUUUCACUCUUACUAUAUGAAUCAAAAUUAUUUACUAUUUUCUAUAAUACUUU